UGAGCUGCCUGGCGCCAUCCUGAAAGAAUGCCUUCACUGUAAAAAAAGAAAAAAAGUGGAGUGUCAGAGUCAGAGAGAAAGAGAGAGAGAGAGAGAGCGAGCAAAAAGGGGGAGGUAGAGGAAGGGUGAGUGAGCACGAGCCGCAUAGCACGAGAGGGUAAAGAGACAGAGACAAGGGGGGAGUUUAAUGGAGAGCGCUUCCAACUGCGCGCAGAGCCGCAUCUGAUCCGUGAGCUGAAGUUUUGCUGGUUCUAGUACAGAGAAGCAGUCGAACCGGGCUCAGACAGACUUUGUAUUUUUUAGACUUUUUCCAGAGGAGAGAGAGAGAGAGAGUUGAGAAACACCGCGGUGGGACUGGUUUCCAUUUUGGACGUAUUUAUGUGACAGCACCUUUUUGUUGCAUGUGUUAUGCGUGGUGAUCGGAAGCAGCGAGCGCGGAACCUGUGGAUUUUACGCAAACGGAUUUGGGACUGAUUAUUUCUCCUUUUUUAAUUUUUAAUUUUUUUUUUUUUGCUCCGGUUUGCCACAUGAACACUUUAUAAAGACAAUAAAUAAAAUAUCAAUAAUAAUAGAAGGAAGAAAUGGAAGUAAGCGCGGAUCAGCCACGAUGGGUGAGCCAUCAUCCCGCGGUGUUGAACGAACAGCAUCCCGGCUCACAUCACCCGGGCCUCGGCCACUCUUACAUGGACCCUUCGCAGUAUCAGCUCACAGAAGAUGUGGAUGUACUGUUUAAUGUCGAUGUACCCGGGAACCACGUCUCUCCGUACUAUGGGAACUCAGUCCGAGCCGUCCAGAGGUACCCUCCUCCUCCUCCCGGUAGUCAAGUGUGCCGUCCUUCAUUACUGCACAGCUCCCUGCCCUGGCUGGAGGGGAGCAAAGGCAUCACCCCCCACCACAGCAACUCCCCCUGGAACCUGAGCCCCUUCCCCAAGAACCCCCUGCACCACGGCUCCCCAGCCAGCCUGUCCGUAUAUCCCCCGGCAUCCUCCACCUCCCUGUCCACGGGCCACUCCAGCCCUCACCUCUUCACGUUCCCCCCGACCCCUCCGAAAGACGUGUCUCCGGACCCGGGCAUGUCCACCCCGGGCUCUGUCGUCUCUGGACGGCAGGAGGACAAGGAGUGCAUAAAGUACCAGGUGACCCUGGCAGAGAGCAUGAAACUGGAAUCAGCUCACAGCCGGAGCAUGGCAUCAAUUGGAGCAGGGUCAGCCUCUGCCCACCACCCCAUCGCCACAUACCCACCCUAUGAAUACGGCCCAGGCCUCUUUCCAUCAAGUAGCCUCAUAGGUGGGUCAUCUUCUAGUUAUGGUUCCAAAACGAGACCAAAAACAAGGUCCUGUUCAGAAGGUAGAGAGUGCGUGAACUGCGGGGCCACGUCGACCCCUCUGUGGAGGCGGGACGGUACAGGCCACUAUCUGUGCAACGCCUGCGGCCUCUAUCACAAGAUGAACGGGCAGAAUCGCCCUCUCAUCAAGCCCAAGCGGCGGCUGUCUGCAGCCAGGCGCGCGGGCACGUCGUGCGCAAACUGUCAGACGACAACGACGACGCUGUGGCGGAGAAACGCCAACGGGGACCCGGUGUGCAACGCAUGCGGCCUCUACUUUAAACUGCACAAUAUCAACCGACCUCUGACCAUGAAGAAGGAAGGCAUCCAGACCCGGAACAGGAAGAUGUCGAGCAAGUCCAAGAAGAGCAAAAAGUCCCAAGACAGCAUGGACGACUUCUCCAAGAGCCUGAUGGACAAGAGCAGCUCGUUCAGCCCCGCCGCCCUGUCCCGCCACAUGUCCUCCUUCCCUCCCUUCUCGCACUCCGGCCACAUGCUGACCACCCCCACACCCAUGCACCCAUCUUCAAGCCUUCCGUUUGCCCCCCACCACCCCUCCAGUAUGGUCACAGCCAUGGGUUAAGGCUCCAGACGCCCCUCGGCCUUGCCACCACCACACCUUUUGGUACCUCUGCACACCUGCUUCCACGUCCCAAAAGACUCCUCCUUGGUUCGAUCCAACUCCCCCGUCUUUCUCCCCCGUUUUUUUUAAAAGUAAAAACCCAAGCGUACCUCUGCGAUGUAAAUGCUUUCCAGACUUGACUGUGGCACACUGACCUCCAAGGGAGGGAAAGACUUCUUUUAUUCCCUCCACCCCAGGAGAGAACAGACAUUUCUCCUUGCUGUGUCCUGCACAUAAGUAGCUCCAUUUGUGUACAAAAAGCCAUUUUUCCACCUGAGCAGACAUUACCAGAACAUUUUGACGCCCUCUCUGACACCACCCCUUUUCACCUUUGCACCUGUGUAACAGGAAACCCCUCCUGGCUCCCCCCCCCCUUUUUUUUUCCUUCCUGUUCUCGAGAAGAAACUGAACACAUUUGUACAAAUUGUAUGAAAUACAGUACAUUUAAUGAAGACUUUUUAAUUAAGAUGGGGGGAAAAAAAAAUAUAGGGGAACACGCAGCUAACGACAAGAAAGGGUACGAGUCGCAGCAGGUGGAGGCUGUGAGAUGCCUCGGAACGCUGGAGGAGGGGAAAAGAAUGGAGGAAGAGGGAAAAACUUUUGAAAACGGGGCAGGCCGUGGAUUUGCCUGCAUGAAAUGUGUCGCAUUAAGUUUAGAGCGUCGGCGCCUCUGGCCUGCCGGUGUCUCUCGUCUUUAUUUUCUUCAUUUUGUUUCCUUUUUGGAUGUGCUGUAGGUCUCGGGCAAUUGGUUUGUGUUGAAGCGCACACACACACAUACAUACACACACACACACACACACACACAUAUUGCAUCACCUGAAAGACUUUUCUUUCCGCCUACAGAUUAUAUGCAUUGUGAAAAGUUCCUGUAUUUGUUAUUUGUAUGUAUAAAUCAGAGUACCAAAAAUACGAAAGAAACAAAGAUGUAGAAUUAUUUCUUUAUGUUACGCAGACUGAAUGGUUGUAAAAAAUUUAAUAAUAAUCACUAGUGUAAAAUAUGACUGAUCUUUUUUUUUGUUUGUUUGUUUCGUAAUUUUUUUU